AUGUUCAACCGCAGACACGAAGACGACCCACCCAGCGGCCUACACCACCCCCACCACAAUGGUGCCGCCGCGAGUCCCGUGGUCGGACCCAAGGCCCAGAGCCCGCAAAUGACCAUCACCUCCUCCGACUUGCUGCCUUCGGCCGCUGCGCCGCAUUUCCCCGCCCACCAGCCGACCACCGCCGCCGCCCACCACCACUCGCCGGCCCUCUCGCCGCGUUCGGUGCGUCAGCGCGCGGAGGACCUGGUCACGUCGCUCACGCCCCCGGCGUCGCCCCUCGCCGCACCGCGCGAGUCAGGGUCGCCCCUCGCCGGCCCAGAGAAGAGGAAGGAGGAGGCGCUCUUCCUCCCAAAGCAGGGCGACAACGACGAGGAGGCCCUUCUGCCGCUGGCCAUGGGCCAGGCCCUCGUCUGGAAGACCUGGGAAGAGAAGGGAGAGACGAUACGGCAAGACGCCGAGCUGGCCAAGAAGCUCCGGCUGGACGCAGAGGAGAGAAGCGGGGUCCAGCCCCAGAGGCUCGAUGAGGACGCUCCCGUCCUUUCCGACUCUCAAUUCGCACGUUCGCUGGACCUGGAGGAAAAGCUGGAGGCGCAGAGGAGCGCGGUGAGUGCUCACAACCAGCGGGUGAUGGCCCAUCAGGCGCCGCCUCUCUCCGACUCUCAGUUUGCCCUCGACAUGGACGAACAAAUCGCGGCCAUGCUGCAAGCUGCGGAUUUGAGCAGAACGUGA